AAAGUUUUUUUAUAUGCAAAAAAACAAACAACACAAUUCGGAAACGCAAUCGGCGGAGACAAGAAGGAGGCCUCACAAACAAAAUAUGAAAGAAUCAGUGGAGGACGUCGUCGCUUACGUCUGGACCCAGGCUUAGCCGCCGGGGGUCAUUAUAAAUUAUGCCUCAGACCCACUCCUACCCCACUCAUAAGUGAGAGAGAGAUAAGGAAGGAGAGUGAAAGGAAUAGAAAUGGGUUGGAAAGGUGUUCUAGGGUUCGAAUACGGCGUAGUUCAGGCGCCGCUGGGUCCCGACAUCUCAGGCCCGGAGCUCGUUGCUGCUGUUGCUAAUGCCGGCGCUAUCGGCUUCCUCAGGGCUCCUGAUUGGGAGACACCGGAUUACUUGAGGGGGCUGAUAAAGAAGACUAGAACAUUAACUGAUAAACCUUUUGGGGUGGCUGUUAUCCUUGCAUUUCCCCAUGAGGAAAAUAUGAAGGCCAUACUGGCUGAGAAGGUAGCAGUAUUGCAGGUCUCCUGGGGUGAUGUCAGGGAGGAGCUUGUACAUGAAGCUCAUUGUGCUGGGGUCAAGGUUGUUCCCCAGGUUGGGAGUUUUGAAGAAGCGAGAAAGGCAAUUGAUGUGGGUGUAGAUGCAAUUAUCGUCCAAGGACGCGAAGCAGGAGGUCAUGUAAUUGGUCAGGAUGGAUUGAUUUCGCUGUUGCCACGAGUAGUUGACCUUGUUGGGGAUCGAGACAUACCGGUAAUUGCUGCUGGGGGUAUUGUUGAUGAGCGUGGAUAUGUUGCUGCUUUGGCUCUUGGUGCCCAAGGCAUCUGCCUAGGCACAAGGUUUGUGGCAACGGAGGAAAGCCAUGCGCACCCUAUAUACAAGAGAAAGUUACUUGAACUUGAUGAAACCGAGUACACAAAUGUAUUUGGCCGGGCGAGGUGGCCUGGUGCGCCACAACGUGUUCUAGAAACACCCUUCUUCAAGGAUUGGAAAUCCCUUCCUGCUCAUGAAAGUGAGAUCAAUCAACCGCUCAUCGGUCAUUCAACGAUAAAUGGCAUGGAAAAAGAUAUUCGCCGUUUCUCGGGUACCGUUCCAAAUAGGACAACAACAGGUGAUAUUGAGAGCAUGGUGUUGUAUGCAGGCGAAGGUGUAGGCCUCAUCAAGGAGAUUCUGCCUGCAGCUGAAGUGGUAAAGAGGCUAGUUGAAGGAGCUCAACUUCUCAUCCACCAACAGUUUGGUGGUCUAAAAUCCAAGGAUGAGGUUGCCUAAGUACUUGUUUAGUGCGAAGUAGAGACCGUACAAAGAAUAAAUGCUUAAGAGUAGUUACAUCAACUCAUCCCACAUCGAAGCUACUCUCUUUAUAUUGGAUCCGAAUAAAUUUUGAAGCGAUUAUUCAC